AUCAUUGCAGAUCGUGAUCGUCACAAAACGCGGUCAAGCGGUACAGCACAGACAGACUCCACCAUGAACAUCGUCCUUUUCUACUAUCUUUUCCAGGUGCUGUGGGCAAUUCCCACGCUCGUCCUAUCUCAUACUGCAACAUACUCCAAUUCCUCAUUCCAAGUUUCCAACCUCCCAGAUAGCCCCGCCCUACCAACCAGUUGGGCCGGCCGAUUGCCGGUUCCGGGAAGCCAGGGCAAUGAGAUCUUCUUCUGGUUAUUCGAUGCGGAAAAAACGGUAUACGAUGACAACUUAAUCAUCUGGCUGAAUGGUGGCCCCGGCUGCUCAUCGCUCAUAGGCCUCGCAACAGGGAAUGGACCCAUUGGCUUUGCAGGGGACUCCACUCGCCUCGUUUCCAACCCAUACUCGUGGACAAAGCUGGGUCAUGUUCUAUACGUUGAUCAACCUGUCGGUACGGGCUUCUCGCUCGCCAGUUCUCUCGUGAGGACCAAUGAACAGGUGACAGCGGACCUGGCACUAUGGCUGCGUGCACUUUUCAAGCAGCUCCCGCAUCUCCAAUCGAAAAAGGUUCAUCUGAUGGGCGAAUCAUAUGCGGGUAUCUUUGUGCCCUACCUCGCCUCCGCCCUGAUGAAAGGCAACCAUUCAUUUCCAAUCAAUCUCCGCUCUAUGUCCCUGGGUGAUGGGUCAUGGGGCAAUGCCGCAGCAAUGUCCUCGGUGGCGAUUGGUACAUACAUGCACUCCCAGGCAUCUCGCCUUGAUGCACCAAAGAAGAUCCUGGAUACAUUCGCACUGGCAGAUGAAUUCUGCAAAUUUGACUCCGUCCUAGAAGCCGCCCGAACAUACCCUCCUGUUGGCAAGAUCCAGAUCCCAGGUAACCCCGAGUACGUCAAUUAUCGUCGACGACUCCGCCGCCGUCGCGACACAAAUCUCGGUAUCCUAGAUGGAUCAUGCGAUGCCAACGUAUCCACACCACAUGAGGUCCUGAGUUCAAUCUUUAAUUCCUCUUGCUAUGGACCCUGCGCUACAUUCUCAACUGCUGAGAACUACAUGUAUGCCCGAUCAGCUGAAGACUCAAAUCCGCCGUGCUUCAGCUUGUACGACCUCACACACAACUGCAAAACCAUCAACCCAAUCCCGCUACUCGAAAGGUACUUCAGUCGCAAAGACGUCCAAGCAGCUCUGCAUAUCCCGGACAGUGGUACAUACACCGCAUGCAACAAUACCAUCCUCUCAACCCUUACAGAAAGCGAAUUCGUCGAGCCGCCCGAGUACGCUAUUCUGCCUUCGCUUGUCACGGCCCACAAUGUCUCACUGCACAUAUACAAUGGCGAGAUGGAUAUGUUGAUCAAUCAUAUCGGUGCCGAGUUGUCAAUUCAGAACAUGACUUGGCGCGGUUUGCAGGGAUUCCAGAAGAGGCCGACUAGACGAUUUUAUGCCAAUGAUGCGGCGCCUACGGCUCGGUCGAAACAGAAGGUGGCUGGGACUUGGGCUUCGGAAAGAGGCGUUUCAUAUCAUCUUUUUGAGGGUGCUGGUCAUAGUGUUUUUGCGACCAAACAAAAAGAGAUGUUCGCUUUUGUGCGUGAUGUUGUGGUUGGAGGGAAAGCGAAUUGA